AUGGACGCCAUCAAGAAGAAGAUGUUGGCCAUGAAAAUGGAGAAGGAGAAUGCCUUGGAUAGGGCAGAACAGGUGGAGCAGAAGCUGCGAGACUGCGAGGCUCAGAAAAGCAAGGUGGAAGAAGAUCUGAACAACCUGCAAAAGAAGUUCGCCAUCUUAGAGAAUGACUUCGACAGCGUCAACGAACAGCUGAUUGAAGCCAACACCAAACUUGAAGCCUCAGAGAAGAAGAACGCAGAG